AUGACCCUAACCAAGCAGACGCGCUUUCGCAACCCUGAUGACUUUCCAACUCUCCAACUCUUCCUGCUGGCCAUUGUUCGCCUUGCCGAGCCCAUCGCUCUGACUUCCAUCUUUCCCUAUGCCUGGGCUUUGGUCAAAAAGUUCAAGAUCGGCAGCGAGCAAGAUGCCUCCUUCUACGCUGGCUUGCUCAUCUCGUCCUUCUCCCUCGCCGAGGCCCUCAUGGGCAUGUAUUGGGGCGGCCUCUCUGAUCGAAUCGGCCGCAAGCCGGUCCUGAUGCUGGGAUGUGUGGGGACCAUGUUCAGUAUGGUCAUGGUAGGCUUCGCCUCCAACAUGUGGAUUGCAUUGCUCGGAAGAGCCAUAGGUGGACUUCUCAACGGCAACAUCGGCGUCAUCCAGACAAUGGUUGGCGAGCUCGUCACAAAGCCCGAGCAUGAACCCCGAGCCUUUGCAGUCAUGCCCUUCGUGUGGAGCAUUGGAACCAUCAUCGGCCCGUGCAUCGGCGGCACCUUUGCCGACCCCCAUGAGUCGUGGCCUGAUGCGUUUCCCAAGGGCAGCAUGUUUGAGCGCUUCCCCUACCUUUUGCCCAACCUUCUCUGCGCGUUCCUCCUGUUCGUCAGCAUCAUCUUGGGAUUCUUUCUCCUCGAUGAGACACACCCUGACAUGCAACCCCGGGUUCUGCUGCCAGCAGACACCUACGUCUCGGAGGAAACUCCACUGAUCGAGACCUCAGAUGCCAUGAAGCGACCCGCCGUGGAUCUGCGAGCCGAGACGUAUGGCACCAUCCGAAGCGUCAACGGGCCCAGCCAAGACUGGAACGACAGGCCCAUGGAGAAGCCUCGCGACGCUGCACCUAUCUGGAACAAGCGCGUUGUUGGCUUCAUCAUUGCCUUGUCCAUCUUCACGUACCACUCCAUGACCUACGACCACCUCAUGCCAAUCUUCUUCGAGGACGACCGCGCAUCGACGGCCGCCAUGGCCAGCAUUCCGUCUCUUUUCAAGUCAUCUGGCGGUUUGGGGCUCUCUCUACGCGACGUGGGAAUGAUCAUGGCUGUUAACGGCGUCAUUGCCCUGUUUGUCCAAGCUGUCAUCUUCCCGCUCGCCGCGGAGAGAGUCGGUGUGUACAAACUCUUCCUCAUUGUCACGGUGCUACACCCCAUCGUUUACGCCGUUGUCCCCUUCCUCCUCCUCGUUCCUGAAUCCCUCAUUUUCCCCGCCAUUUAUACUUGCCUUGCCAUCCGAAAUAUUCUCUCCAUUACCCUUUACCCUCUCCUCCUUAUCCUCAUCAAGGAGGCAACCCCGACCUCCAGUGCUCUGGGUAAGGUCAACGGCCUGGCUGCCAGCGCCGGCGCCGCAUGCCGGAUGAUCGCCCCGCCGAUCGCAGGUUAUCUCUACACCUAUGGCAGCCGGAUGAACUGCACUGCACUGGCCUGGUUCGGUAGCGUCAUCGUUGCCGCGUUCGGAGCCGUGCAGUGCUUCUCUGUGCCACGCGAGCGAAACGACGACCGGACCGAAGAGGGCGCAGUUGCACAGCCCAAGCAAGGCCCAACCGUUAUCGCUACUGAAGUUUCAGACGACGAGCAGUGA